AGGUGAAACGCAGUAUGUUGGAGGUGGUGUGAGAACAAGAAUGAUAAAGGAAGGGACAUCAUAUGGAGAAUUUAGAACAAUGGUGGCAUCAAUUGUGGGAAAAGAAAGUAAUGGAAUGGUUAUGAAAUUCACAGUAACCUUUGAUGAGUGUACAUUUGUGGACCUUGUAGAUGAUGAAGGAGUAGAACAUUUGAUUAACUUCAAUGGCGACAGUGGUCAUGUAUAUAUAGGAGAAAAUGGAGAUCAAAAUUCACAACUAACAAGGGAUGUUGUAAUAGAAGAGCAACAUGUGAUGGAAGACUUGUUCGGAGGUUCAGAUACAUUGUCCAUGUCUCCACCUAAUGUGGUUAGUGAAGACCCACUAUUGUUGCCAUGUGGUUCAGAAAUGAUGCCAACCCCAAUUCCGGAAAUGAAUUCAACAAAGUGGAAGGGUUUGGUUAUCGGAGAAGGACAGAUUUUUCCUAAUGCAGUGGCUCUUAGGCAAGCACUGUAUAGGUACAGUAUUGCUGUGAAGUUUUCAUACAAGUUUGUGAAGAACAAUCAACAAAAGAUCAUUGUGAAGUGUAUGGCGGAGGGAUGCCCGUGGUAUAUGGGUGCAUACUCAAUGGGACAAAGACAAGAUUCUGAGUUGUUAAUAAUUAGAACCUUAAGAAGUGAGCAUGUGCAUUAUGCACAGGACAGCUUGGUUGUAUCUCACUCUAGAGGGUCAAACUUAACAUCAUCAAUCAUGAUAGAUUCUUUGAGGUGUAAUAUAGACAAGAAUGCUAAUGAAAUUAGAAGAGAUCUGUAUAGAGAAUAUGGGGUGCGACUGAAUUAUAGUCAAGCAUACAGGGGUAGAGAAAGAGCAUUGAGGGAAAUACAUGGUCGUGCACAGGAUUCAUACAUGGCGAUUCCCUGGAUUUGUGAAAGGCUCAUUGAAACUGAUCCAAACACAAGUGCUCGAUGGGAAGGGUUGGAUAGUAAAGAUUUCAGAGGGUGUUCAUUGCUUAUGGAUGCUCAAUUAAUGGAUUUUUAGAAGGGUGUCGACAUAUACUUUAUAUAGACGGCUGUCAUCUAAGUGGUCCUUACAGGGGGACAUUGAUUUCAGCUAAUGCAUAUGAUGCAGACAAUGAACUAUUUCCAUUAGCAUAUGCUAUAGUUAGUGGGGAGACAUAUGAUGAUUGGGCUUGGUUUCUCCAGAACAUCAAAGACAUCACAAGAUCAGUGGAGACAACGAUAGUUUCAGAUCGGAAUAAUGCCAUUAUAGGUGCUGUGCGAACAAUAUUUGGUGGCGAGAGACAUGCUUUUUGUUAUAGGCAUGUGAAAGAAAAUUUUAGUGCACAUUAUUUAAAAAUUAACCGAGGCAGGGGACGAGUUUCAGGUACUUCAAAGGACGUUGCAUUGAAAAUGCUGGAUGGAAUCGCCUAUGCAAGGAUUGAGGAUGAAUAUGUUGCUGCAAUGGGGAAACUUAGAUCAUUCUGUC